GGGAGAUGUUGGAAGGGUACGCGAUUCGGUAAAAGGACCGACGGAGAGGGCGUUGAUGUCCGUGUGCAAUUGGCGUUUGGAAAGCGCCAGGUGAGAGAGAUCAGAUCGUUCGAUAUGGUUAUCCGUGGGCAUAGAAUUCUUGUUCUGCUUGUGUUCGUCCGAUUUGAUGUUCUCAAAGGUGGCGAAGGAUUUUUAGCUCUGAAAAGAGGUAGAUUAUAGGAGGCGGUCAUCUGUGGGAAGAUUUUUGUUUCUUUCAUUGAUUCCGAUGGGAAAGACGAGAUCUUGCUGAUCGUUAGUGGAAUAUUGGCAAAAGAGAUUCCAUUUUUGUGUGUUUUGGUUCAGAAGAUUGAUUCUGAGAGCGGUAUCCGGUUUCGCAGAUAUGGCUAUGCUUUUUAAUCUUCUCUCUUAUUGGCUUUGGGGAAGAAAAGGUCGUCAAUCUCCCGAGCAAUCACUGAGUUCUUCGUCUGAUUACCUCACGGGGUACAGGGAUCCGGAUUCUUUGAAGAUUGCAGCAGGUAACGUGCCUCAGAUCCGAUCGAAAUGCAUGGGUGAUUUUGAUGAUCCGGAUUGGGCGAUUGGGUGGUUGGAACCGCAUGCAUCCGAGUUCCUGUCUGAGAGCGAGACGGAGAACGGCUUUGCCGUCUUGGUCCCAUGCUAUACGCGAGGUUGCUACGCGCAGGUUGAUUUCUCCAAGAAGCAUGUUUUGGGUACUAUUGGUCUCAACAACGAUGAUCAUUCUGAAGGCAAAAAGGAUAUCGAACAGUGGCUUGCAGAACAAUUGUCAGCGUGAAACAACUACAAGUAGGCUUGAUCUUUAUAGUGUUCAGUAUAAACUGAAGAUAAGAGGAUAUUGAUACUUGAGAUAAAAAAGGUGAAAAAAGAGAAAAAUGAUUAAAUAAUUAGAAUAGGAGCUGUAGGAUGUUUUGGUAUUUAAACUUGUUGCUGAACUAUCAGAGUGUAUAUUCAGAAGCAAAAAAUUCAUUACAAGUUGCAAGAGAAGUGAAAGUAAAGGAAGCAGCAAAGGCAUGCAACCUCGAUGGACAUUCAUAAAUAUUUCAGGACUACUUAAGUUGACAAUAUGGUUUUAUUCAUUCUUUGCUUUCUUUCCGCCUCAAAACAGAAACUUCUCUGCUGAACAAUUCAAUUGGGUGUCGUAUUAAUUAUUUUUCUACAAAUAUUGAAGUCCAGGAAGCUUGAGACUCCUUGUGGCCCGUUAGACAGCAUCCGGUCGAUAUCUUUGUAAAAUCUGGAGCUAUUUCAGUUGCAUGGAACGGUGCUGAAUGAAUAGCAUGAAUUCUCAUCUUUGUCUCGGGCUUAAGUUUAUGAAAUCUGCAGCUACAUCUGCAAAUAAACCACACAAACUGGACUUUUGUCUCUGUUCUCUUUUCCUAAUAGUUGCAUAUAUGGAGGGAGGGAAGUUACACCUCAUAAAAAAUUAGUCAGCAAUCUCUUUGUUCAAAAUGAUAUCAAUUAGCUGAGUUAAAGUAUGGUUGGUAAGUAUGCUUUCGUCUCUUGAAUUUUUACUUAUAUUAUGUUCACAGUUUCUUUCUACUGUUCUCAAUUGGCUACCGAUGGGCUUGUAAUAAAUAGUCUACUGGCUACCAAUUGGGACUUAAUCUGUGGAGUAAAGCUAUGGCCGAAGAAGGAGUUGAGAUGUUAAGAAGUGUAUCCUUCGUCUUCAUGGAAUGCUGUCUCUCAACUUUUAUUCAAGGUUUUAUUGAGAUACUGCUAAUUUGGAAGGUUGGUUUCAUGUGUAAGCUACUCAUAGAUUUGAGAAUGACCUCAGUUCAUGAUCCUGAUCUUUUGAAGCUAAUUCCACUUGGGUAAGCUAUUGAUGGACUGCUUUUGUCACUGGUGUGCUGUAUCCUCUGUAACAAUCCUGCAACAAACAAAUGGGGAUCAACGAAGAGAGACUUCUUAUGGAAUAGGAAGAUACCAACAAGUAGGAGUGCAAAUGUAUAUUAAUAGUCAAGUAUUUAUUAUGUGCAGAUUAUAAGAACUCAUGCAGCCUA